AAUGUGAAUCAAUCAUCAGUCAAUUAUGAAAAGUCAAUAUAGCAAAUUAUCAGCUGAUGCUUGAUACUGUCGAUUUUGUCAGUUUCACUUUGAAGCACCUACCUUCCCACUUCUCGUUCUUCUUUCACGCUUUAACAUGGUGGGAUUCAAUUGAAUUGAGGCGUGCUUAACCUUUGUCACCUCAAUGGCGAUCCCUGUGUUUCUAUGUGCUGUGCUGUUGCUGGGUUCUCUUUUAUCGUCGGAAUCGAAGUAUAUAAAUUACAAUACGACGUCAACAACUGUUCCUGGGAAGCUCAACGUUCAUUUGGUUCCUCAUACUCACGAUGAUGUUGGAUGGUUGAAGACCGUCGACCAGUACUACGUUGGUUCUAACAAUUCCAUCCAGGGAGCGUGUGUUCAGAAUGUGUUAGAUUCUCUGAUACCGGCAUUGUUGGCCGACAAGAAUCGCAAGUUCAUUUAUGUUGAACAGGCCUUUUUCCAACGUUGGUGGAGACAGCAGAGCGAGGCAGUUCAGAACGCAGUCAAGCAGCUAGUCAACUCUGGUCAAUUGGAGCUCAUAAACGGGGGUAUGUGUAUGCAUGAUGAGGCGGCUACUCAUUACAUUGACAUGAUUGACCAGACAACUCUUGGACAUCGGUUUCUUAAACAAGAAUUUAAUGUAACUCCAAGAAUAGGUUGGCAAAUUGAUCCCUUUGGACAUUCUGCAGUGCAGGCUUAUUUGUUGUCUGCAGAGGUCGGAUUUGACUCGCUGUUUUUUGCUCGAAUCGAUUACCAAGACAGAGCGAAGAGGAAAGAUGACAAGUCGCUUGAAGUUGUUUGGAGGGCCUCUAAAAGCCUUGGUUCAUCUGCACAAAUCUUUUCUGGAGCAUUCCCUGAGAAUUAUGAACCUCCUAGUAAUUUCUACUAUGAAGUAAAUGACAAGUCUCCUAUUGUCCAGGAUGAUAUUGAUUUGUUUGACUACAAUGUACCUCAACAAGUAAAUGAGUUCGUCUCAGCUGCGAUAUCACAGGCAAAUAUCACCCGCACAAAUCAUAUAAUGUGGACGAUGGGAACAGAUUUCAAGUACCAAUAUGCAACUAGUUGGUUCCGGCAGAUGGAUAAGUUUAUUCACUAUGUCAAUCAAGAUGGAAGGGUUCAUGCCCUAUACUCAACCCCAUCAAUCUAUACUGAUGCAAAAUAUGCAGCGAAUGAGGCAUGGCCAAUCAAAACUGAAGACUACUUUCCGUAUGCUGAUCGUAUAAAUGCGUACUGGACUGGGUAUUUUACAAGUAGGCCAGCUAUUAAAGGUUAUGUCAGAGCAAUGAGUGCAUACUAUUUGGCAGCGAGACAAUUGGAAUAUUAUAAAGGAAAGAGCACGGCAGGUCCUAAAACUGACUCUCUAGCAGAUGCCUUGGCUAUUGCUCAACACCAUGAUGCAGUUUCUGGAACAGAAAAGCAGCAUGUGGCUGAUGAUUAUGCGAAGCGCCUUUCAAUAGGUUACACCGAAGCUGAGAAAGUUGUUGCAGCAUCACUUGCUUGCAUUACUGAGACAACAUCCGAAUCUGGUUGCAGUAGCUCACAAACUCAGUUUCAUCAGUGUCCACUCUUGAACGUAAGUUACUGCCCUGCAUCAGAAGUUGAUUUUUCAAAUGGGAAAAACCUGGUUGUUGUUGUCUACAAUCCUCUUGGAUGGAAAAGAGAGAAUGUUAUAAGAAUCCCUGUUAUCGGUGAAAAUGUUGAUGUUCGGGAUUCAAAUGGAAAACAAAUCGAAUCCCAGCUUCUACCAAUUCUUAAUGCUUCCCUGGCUCUAAGAAACUACCAUGCUAAGGCAUACUUGGGCUUGUCUCCAACUGUAAACCCUAAGUAUUGGCUUGCCUUUUCAGCAGUUGUUCCCCCACUCGGUUUCACCACUUACUACAUAUCAAGCGCUAAACAAUCAGGUUCAGCUGUUAUUUCGGACAGAUUUACAACAUACAAGUCGGGAAGCCAGGGUCAAUCAUUUGAAGUAGGCCCAGGCAACUUGAAACUAGUUUAUUCUGGAGAUGAAGGGAAACUAACUGAUUAUAUUAACACCAGAAGCAAGGUCAAAGAAUCAGUUGAUCAAACAUACACUUUCUAUGCUGGGUAUGGAAAUGAUCAAACUCAGACUGCUCAGGCCUCAGGAGCAUACAUUUUUCGCCCCAAUGGUACAUAUCCCAUCAUCUAAAGGAAAGGUAAUUAAUGUCUCACUGUUUUAAGGGGACCUAUAAUACAUGAGGUGCAUCAACAAAUCAGUUCAUGGAUAUAUCAGAUCACUAGACUGUACAAGGGGACAGAGCAUGCUGAAGUCGAGUUUAUUGUUGGACCCAUACCUAUUGAUGAUGGAAUUGGCAAAGAAAUUGCCACCCAGAUUAAAACAAAUCUUGCAAGCGACAAAACUUUCUAUACCGAUUCUAAUGGACGCGAUUUCAUCACAAGGAUUCGAAACUACCGAAAAGACUGGAACUUGGAAGUCAAUCAACCUAUUGCUGGAAAUUAUUACCCACUCAAUCUUGGGAUUUACCUAAAAGAUCAGAGUAAAGAGUUCUCUGUUUUGGUGGAUCGGUCAGUGGGUGGAUCCAGCCUUGUUGAUGGACAAGUGGAGCUAAUGGUUCACAGGAGGUUACUUGUGGAUGAUGGUAGGGGUGUUGGCGAGGCACUAAAUGAAAAAGUUUGCAUUAACGAUAAGUGCACUGGACUAACUGUGCUUGGCAAGUACUACUUCAGAAUUGAUCCAGCAGGAGAGGGUGCCAAAUGGCGUCGUUCGCUUGGUCAGGAGAUAUACUCUCCGUUUCUUUUAGCCUUCACAGAAGAGAGUGGAGACAAUUGGAGAAAUUCUCACAAGACAACCUUUUCAGGGAUUGAUUCCUCGUACGAGAUGCCAGACAAUGUUGCAAUAUUAACCCUUGAGGAGCUGGACGAUGGACAAGUUCUUCUUCGGCUGGCUCACUUAUACGAGAUCGACGAGGACAAGGAUCUCUCAGUCAAGGCAAGUGUUGAACUGAAAAAGGUGUUCCCUGGUAAAAUGAUGAAGCAAAUAACAGAGACAAGUCUCUCUGCAAACCAAGAAAGAACAGCGAUGGAGAAGAAGAGACUAGUGUGGAAGGUUGAAGAAGGAGAAGAAGCAGAAGGCCACGUGUCAAGAGGAGGAGCCGUAGAUCCAGAAAAGUUAGUUGUAGAACUUGCUCCAAUGGAAAUUAGAACCUUCAUUAUCGCUUUUUAGCGACAAAGAAGACCAAGCGCCGCUACAUCAACAAGCGGUUCUUCAUCUGAAUAAUGCCAACAAAUAAACAAGGUUGUGUGAUUCUGUGGCCUUUGUGUAUCUAAAUUAUUGUAAUUGAAACUCCGAAUAGCAAAAUCAGCAUUUUGUUUGUACCUAAUGGAUGCUUGCUCCUCAUUAGCCAAUGACAGCACAGCUCUUCCUCUAAAAGGGCUAUGCAGUAAUAAUAUGCUACCUCUUGUCAU